CGACUCUCCUCGAGCGCCGGGUUUCUCCUCUGCCAACAGAGGAGUACUCCUCGUUUUGCCUAGUUGUUGUGCUCUCGUGCAGUUAAUUGUACAGUACUUCGGUUCGAACAGCAGCUUUGUUAAAUGGGCAAUGCUCCUACCCUGAGCGUCACCUGCCGAUGGGGAAACAGGCUCGGGAGAAUAAAUGAACCGUCUUAAAUGACAAACUGUGUGAAAGUCAGAAUUCUAACUCCGGCUUUCUGAGAUCACGCUGCCACCCCAGCAGAGGAGCAAAUUACAGUCUCGAGCCCACCAGGAAUGGCAGCCCCAUCUAUGAAAGAAAGGCAGGCUUGCUGGGGAGCCCGGGAUGCAUACUGGAAGUGCUUAGAUGAGAACACAGAGGACGCUUCUCAGUGCAAGAAGUUGAGAAGCUCAUUUGAAUCAAGUUGUCCCCAGCAGUGGAUAAAAUAUUUUGAUAAAAGAAGGGACUACUUAAAAUUCAAAGAAAAAUUUGAAGCAGGAGAGUUCCAGCCUUCAAGAACAACUGAAAAGUCCUAAGCUAUUCCUGAACGUUUCAGAAAGGUUGAAUUAAUUUUUUUGGACAUUGAGAAAUGCUCUAUGGGACAAUAGUAAUUUGAAUUAUGGUAAACACCAGUGCUUGUUCCAUCUAUACAGCUCUUAAUUAAAGUGAUCAAGUAACAAGAUUCCAUUAUUCAAAGUAUGAAGAAUUGAAAUAAAAUGAUAUGAAAUAUGCUAAGUAUAGUAAAAAAUAUUUUAAGAGAAAAAUUAAAGCUUAUAAAAACA